CGCUGGCUCUGCGUGGUGGGCGGCUGGGACGGGUCGCGCCGCGUGGCCACCGUAGCCGCGCUGGACACGGAGCGCGGAGCGUGGGAGGCUUGGAGCGCGGCCCCCGGCAGCCGCCCCCCCGCCGGCCUCAGCAGCCACACCUGCACCCGCGUCUCCGACCGCGAGCUGCGGGUGGCGGGCCGGGAGGGCGGGACCCGCACCCAGCGUCGCUACGGCAGCGUCUACACGCUACGGCUGGACCCCGGCGCCCGCACCUACAGCUAUAAGGAAGAGGGCUGUCACACAGCCUCACGCUCGGGUCACUGCGCUGCCCUGCUCCAAACUCCCGGGCCCCGCCCAGGCCACCAGCUCCUGCUCUUUGGGGGCUGCAACUCGGCUGAACCAGAAGUAGCCGGGCACUGGAGUCACGGGAAGCUUGGGGAGGAACCACCUGCUGCCCCCCAUCUGAGGGAGCAGCUUGCCAGGCUUGUGAGCACUGGGCAGGGGUCCCGGCAGGGGCCCCGGGGCCUGCGGCAUCACUCGUGUUCCGUGGUGGGGCCCUUUGCCGUGCUGUUUGGCGGAGAAACUCUGACCAGAGCCAGAGGCACCAUCUGCAAUGACCUGUACAUCUAUGACACCCGCAGGUCUCCUCCUUCGUGGUUCCACUUCCCCUGCGCAGACCAAGGGCUGAAGCGCGUGGGCCAUCGCACCUGCCUUUGGAACGACCAGCUUUACCUGGUUGGGGGUUUCGGUGAGGAUGGCAGGACGCCUUGUCCACAGGUUUGCAUCCUGGACCUUUUUAUCUAA